AUGGAUUUGCUACAAGAAGACAACGUUCAAGAAGAUAUUAAUCCUAAUUCUGAUUCUUUAGCAGACAACACGAUCGAAGAAAAAAGUUCGAGUUUUGAAAAUAACAACCCAGGCGAAGAAGAUGUUAAACUUGCAACUGUCUCUUCAACAAUUACGAGUGAGAAUGAUUCACUCCAGAAACCAGAUGAUGAUCCUGAAAAUAACAACCUUGUAGAAUUUGUUGCUGAUUCGGAAGAAGGCCAUGAGGCUCGAAUCUCUAGUAUCAGGAUGAUGACGACAGAAGAAAAGCAAGAAGAAAACACGUUUUCCUCCGGUGUUAAGCCAUUUGGUUUUUCUUGUGAUAAUUUGAAACCUUGUAGCGACGAUGAUUCCGUUGAUAGUUCGAGCGAUUCGUCGACUUCAUCGUCGUCGUCAUCAUCUUCAUCUUCUUCUUCUUCUUCCUCAGAAGAUGAAGACGAUGAGAUGGACGAUGAGGAAGAGGAACGGAACAACGACGAAGACAAGCUUCCCAAUGUUUCCUCAGGAGAAAAACAAGAACCUCAUGAAAAUGGAGAUUCCAAGAUUCCCAAUUUUCCGACUUAUAGAAAUAUCAAUGACGUAGAUUCCGACGACAGUUCCAGUGAUUCGUCGUCAUCGUCAGCUUCUGAAAUUGAACAUAACAACGCGGGCACCGAACGGAAACCAAAUCAUCCUCCUCACGACAGUGACAGUGAAGACCGAUCAUCCAGGCCACGGGUAAAGGGAGAAAUAUUUCCAGAGGAGUUACCUGCCCUUGAAAACCUCAAUGUUUCUGUUGAUGAUAAUGUUGACUUAAAGUUGCUUGGAAAAAUUACUUCAGUUAUAAAGAAUAUUGCUGUUGCCCGAGCAGAGUUUUCAUCCCCCAUAGAUCAGGAUAGUAUGAUAUUUCUUAAGGAUCGGAAUUGUAUCGGCAAGAUUCAUGAUAUAUUUGGACCUGUACGAGAACCGUUUUAUACAGUUCUUCUUGAUAAGAAAUACACUAUGAUUCCAAUCGACACAGAGAUAUACUGUGCCCCAGAAGAAAAAGAAUACACAAAUUAUGUAUUUGUGAGUGAUCUCAAAAAUUUAAAGGGAUCGGAUGCUUCUUGGGAAAAUGAUGUAGAACCACCAGAGAAAUUCCUUGAUUUUUCUGAUGAUGAACAAGAACGACGGACAAAGAAACAUCACAAAUGCAAAAAUUCUGCAAACGAGGAUUCCAGUGAUGAUUCCAAUGACAAAAAUGGUAAAUCUCAACGCAAAAAUAAGCCUCGUUCCAGCACAACUGGCACUUCUAACACAAGAAACUGGAAAAAAAGGGACCAGAAGAGAGCUAUCGAUUUACUGACUUUCUUGAGUGCAAAGGAAACGUCACAGAAAUCUAUGUUUGCAUGCAGUACUACAUGGCCGCCAAGCAACGAACAGGGGAGUUUUAACAGUUGGCCCCCACCGCCUCCUCCACCACCGUCGCUGCCGCCGCCACCUCCACCACCGCCACCGCCACCACCUCCCCCACCGCCACCAUAUCCGUAUUCACAACCAAAUAAUCCUGUCUUUCAGGAAGGAAAAAAAAAUUUUCUUUUUCUCUUACUUUUCUCUUGUGAAAAAAAAAUUUUUACAAAAUUCUCUUUUUCUUUUUUUCUCUUUUUUACAUUUUCUCUCUUUCUCUUUUUUCUCUUUUUCUUUCUCUCUCUUUUUUUUUUUUUUUUUUCUCUUUCUCUCUCUCUCUUUUUCUUUUUUUUGUCUUUUUUUUCUUUUUCUUUCUCUUUUUCUCUUUCUCUCUUUCUUUUUUUUUUUCUCUCUCUCUCUCUCUCUUUUUUCUCUUCUCUUUUCUCUCUUUUUCUCUUUCUCUCUAUUUUCUCUCUCUCUCUCUUUUCUCUUUCUCUCUCUCUCUCUUUUUCUCUUUUCUCUCUCUCUUUUUUUUUUUUCUCUCUUUUCUUUUUUUUCUCUCUCUCUUUUUUCUUUUUCUCUCUCUUUUUUUUUCUCUCUCUUUCUCUCUUUUUCUCUCUCUUUUUUCUUUCUUUUUCUCUCAGUUCUCUUUCUCUCUCUUUUUUUUCAAAAAAGAGUUUUCUCUCUCUCUCUUUUUCUCUCUCUCUCUUUUUCUCUCUCUCUCUCUCUCUUUCUUUCUCUGUCUCUCUCUUUUUUUUUCCAAAGAUCAUUUAUUGUCUAUUUUUUUUUUUUUAA